AUGGCAAUAAUUAUUCAAAAACACUUCUACACGAGCCACUUCUCGCAAAAACAAAUUCACCUGUCUCCCGCCAUCCCGAAUGCUCACUUUCUCAUUUUAUGUGACUCAUAUCUAUCGAUUUUCGGCUAUCAAAAAGUUUUUUGUAUUCUGUGGAUAACUAUGGCUCAUUCAUGUUUCUCGCGAAACUUUUCGUGCCAUCCAGCAACGUUUGCGGAGAUUCGAUCGGAUCCACAUCCGGCUCUUCCUUUGUCACGAACUCCAUCUCCACCUCGAUCAAGUCUAUGCUCCCAGUUAAUUAAAACGAAUGACAAAACAAGGAUAAGAGAAAAAUCUAAUUCCAUGGUAGAUUAG